GUAACUUCCUGUCAACCCCGUAGAAGAAGAAGUAGCUUAGCUACGUCGUUAGCAAGACGAUAUUAAAUUAACAGAAAACGCUGCACGGUUACUUUAAAACAUGUCAGCUGAUACCAAGAUUGCAGAGCUGCUCACAGAGCUUCAUCAGCUCAUCAAACAGACUCAGGAGGAGAGGUCCCGCAGUGAACACAAUCUGCUCAACAUUCAGAAGACCCAUGAGAGGAUGCAGACAGAAAACAAAACUUCUCCUUACUACCGCACCAAGCUAAGGGGUCUGUACACCACUGCUAAAGCAGAUGCAGAAGCAGAGUGCAGCAUCCUGCGGCAUGCGCUUGAUAAAAUAGCAGAGAUCAAGUCACUGUUGGAGGAAAGGCGAAUAGCUGCUAAGAUGGCUGGAGUUUACAGUGACAGCGACCCUCCUAGAAAGACAAUGAGGCGAGGCGUCCUCAUGACGCUCCUUCAGCAGUCGGCCAUGACACUUCCUCUGUGGAUCGGAAAGCCUGGGGAGAGCCCCCCUCCUCUGUGCGGGGCCACUCCAGCCAGCAGCGACUACGUGGCCAAGCAGGGUGACAAGGUGGCAGCCAGGGUGAAGGCGGUGGACGGAGACGAGCAGUGGAUCCUGGCUGAGGUGGUCAGCUACAACCACUCCACUAACAAAUAUGAAGUAGAUGAUAUCGAUGAAGAAGGCAAAGAGAGACACACUCUGAGCAGACGGCGAAUCAUUCCUCUGCCUCAGUGGAAGGCCAAUCCAGAGACGGACCCCGAGGCCCUGUUCAGUAAGGACCAGCUGGUGCUGGCCCUCUACCCCCAGACCACCUGCUUCUACCGGGCUCUCAUCCACAACCCCCCACACAGGCCGCAGGACGAUUACUCUGUGCUGUUCGAGGACACUUCAUACGCUGAUGGUUACUCUCCUCCACUUAAUGUGGCUCAGCGGUACGUGGUCGCCUGCAAAGAGAAUAAGAAGAAGUGAUCACUGACUGGAUGGCAAAGACACACAAAAAGACAAAGAUGACGCCUCAUCGGACUAUAUUAUGUUUGAAAAUGGUUUCAAUUUCUCUUGUAGGAGUCACAAUUUCAGAAACUGACUGAGGUAACAUGAUCCUCAAAUCAUCACUAAGAAACAGAGAAAUGGGCUGCAGAGCUCAGCAUCUGAUAAAGGAAAGUAAUGAGCUUUGUUCUAAGCCUGUACUUCAUUUUAAUUUAGGAUAUGUGUAGAGGAAAACUGACGGUAAGAUACUCAAAACACUCAGAAAGUAGACUCAACCCGUCUCAGAUUAAACAUUCCUGUUGCAGAUUGGAACAGAUAACUAUGGAGUCAUAGUAAUGCCGUAAAACCCAAAAGGUUAGAAUUAAAUCGGGGGAUUAAUGUGGAAAUAUAACAAGAGUCAACUUAAACAUAAAGAAAUAGAUGUGGACAUGGAAAUAUGUUGGCAUUAUGUUUUUUUAAAUUACUUUGUUUUGACUCUCUUUAUUACUCCUGAAAGACGGAUGUCAAUCAAGUGGGUUAAACACAGAUAGAAAUACCCUGCUGUUCAAAGAUUUUUAGAAUAAGUAAAAGUAAAUACAAAAUUCUCAAAAAUACAAAAAUAAACUGAAUUAAAAAUGGAAAUGCUGAAAAUUACACCCUUUUUCUCAUUUUAUUUUAUUUAAUUCUCACUUUAUGGCACUCCUAUGAAUCCAUAUGUGCAACCUGGAAAAGGCAGAACUUUGAAAGAUUGUUGCCCCUUGACUACAACACUCUUAAACGCUGUGAAGUUACACUUUGAUCACCUUUCCAUUGUUUAAGUGAUUUAUCUUUCUCUAUGUAUGUUGACGAACCUUUGUAAUGAUGUUUUAUCUUCUUGUAGCAAACUGUAAGACCUAAAAGGCAUUUAGGAUGCAGAUGGCAGCUCUUUGGUUAUACUGCAUUCAGAUGUUUUGUACUUGUAAAAGAUAAAUGAUUGUUCAUUGAAACAAGACUAUUUAAUUCUUUCUGUUGAGUAAAAGUUGCAUUUUUUACUCAGUCAUCAAACAAAAUACAAAGUAUGGAAACUUAACAGUCAUGGAUUAAGUAGUAAAUGAAUAGGCAUAGGCAGAUUAAUUUAUUGCACUUUUAAGCAUCAAUAAUAGCUUUACAAAACAUUUUAAAACAAGUUUAUAGAUUUGCAUUGGCUUCAUUACACAGUUUAACCCCAACAUUAGAAACACAUCUCCUCUUAAUACAUUUUGCUUUCUUUGCUUUUUAGGGUUAAACUUCUCAAAUGAAUCAUCAACUCCUGUGUGUUCAAAAUAACAUCCGUACAGGGUCAGGAAAUGACUUUGAUUUUGCUUUGAAACUUUAUUUGCAUUAUUUUGUAAUAAAACAAGUAAUUGAAUUUCAUCACGUGCAGUUUAAGUCUCCUAAUGUCCAGAUAUUCUU